AUGGAUAUAAACGUUAAGAAAUUGGUCAAAGAUGCUGGUGCUGCGCUUAGCAGGGUUGUACAGGUAAGAAGUACCUUCUAUGAUAAUUAAAAAAUUAUUGAUAAGAAACAGUACUAGUUAAGGCACUUGUGAUUGAACGCUGUCAUUUCUGACAUUUUGUACCUUUUCCACUGGGGAAAACAUUUAAACAAAAUGAUCUUUACUUGAUAGUUAUUGCUUUGUUUAAACGUUAUGAAAUUACAUAUUCGCCAAUGGCUUUUAUACUUUUAUAUUUAUAAAAAUAUAUAUAUACUUUCAUUUGUAAUUUGUCUCUGUGCAUUAAAUUUAAUUAUUGAGAUGUAAGGUUAGUAAAUAUAUAGCACGUCUCAAUAAUUGUUUACAUGUUCUACACUGUACUAUUUGUUAAUUUUUUAUUUUUUUUUUUUUUUGUUGUAUUGUUUGUACUAAAACUCCUCAAUUUUACAUGAUUGCAGAACGACUGUAUAAUGUGUGUGAGUUUAAAUAACUGAUCAUUUGAUGACUCAGAUAUAGAUUGGAAUGACUAACACUCCAGUCCUUCUUAUUAUUCAUGCUAACAUUGUCAAAAUUUAGAUAUAGGAUCUAUUCUGAUGUUAGGAAAAAUAUAAGAAUUUAUGACAAAUAAUAUAUAUAUUAAAUAGUCAAAUGCUUUGAUUUAUUAUAAUAUUUAAAAUUUGUUCAUAGUUAACAGAGGAAACAUUGGGAACAUCGGAGAAAACUGAAUUAGAUGCACAUUUAGAGCAUCUUGCAGAAAGAGCAAAUGCAACUAAGACAUGGACUGAGAAAAUCCUUAGAAAUAUGGAGGCAGUACUUACUCCAAAUCCAGGCAAUAGAAUUGAAGACUUCUUCUAUGAAAAAAUCGAUAAGAAGAGACCUAACAGAUUAAGCAAUCUAGAAUAUGUAGGCUUGGAUAUGAUAGAAGCAGGAAAUGAUUUUGGUCCAGGAAUUGCUUAUGGCAGUGCAUUAAACAAGGUUGGACAAUGUCAGCAAAAAUUAGGACAAAUUGAGAGAAAUUUCAUUAAAGAUGCAGCUAUUUGUUAUAUACAACCCUUGAGGAAAUUUUUGGAAGGUGAAAUGAAAACUGUAACUAAGGAAAUGUCAAUAUUGGAAAAUAAACGGCAGAGAGGGAGUUGAGAAUAGCACAAUCGGAGUUCGAUCGUCAAGCAGAGAUAGUAAAGCUACUGCUGGAAGGCGUUCAAAGCUCUCAGGCUGGGCAUUUGCGUUGUUUGCAUGAAUUUGCUGAGGCACAAGCUCGUUAUUAUGCUCAAUGUCAUGCAGCAAUGCAAGAUUUACAACGUGAACUUGCUGGCUUAUCUGGGGGUCCUUAUCAUCCGACUACCCAAUCAACAUCCAAUGUAUCAGGGAAAGAUGAUGAGCAACUAGCAAGGGUAUUAUGCAAUUUUUCUGCGACAAAUUCCGAUGAAUUAAGCGUCGAACAAAAUGAGGUAAUUACGGUUAUCGAGAUACCUGGCGACGAGGACUACGUAAUUGGUAUAAGUGGAAUAAAACGAGGAAAAGUACCAGCAGCAUAUUUAGAGUUAAUCGAUGUUGGCCAACGAAAAUUCAGUCAAUAA